AAAGCGCGAAAUAUUCCGAGUGCAUAUAAAUACUUUCAUCGCCACUUUAGGGUUUGCACUUAGCAGCCGGAGAGUGAGUAGAAGGUUUACCGCAGCCGCCGUCGUUGCAGAGUGCAGAAGUUUGGAAGGAGCCAUGGCCAGAAUCAAGGUACACGAGCUGAGGCAGAAGUCGAAGGCGGAGCUUUUGAAUCAGUUGAAGGAUCUCAAGGCUGAGCUUGCCCUUCUCCGCGUUGCUAAGGUCACCGGCGGUGCUCCUAACAAGCUCUCCAAGAUCAAGGUGGUGCGCUUGUCUAUUGCCCAAGUGUUGACUGUGAUUUCGCAGACGCAGAAAUCUGUUCUGCGCGAGGCCUACAAGAACAAGAAGUUCUUGCCUCUCGAUCUCCGUCCCAAGAAGACCAGAGCCAUCAGGAGGAGGCUUACCAAGCACCAGCAAUCACUGAAGACUGAGCGGGAGAAGAAGAGAGAAAUGUACUUCCCCAAGAGAAAGUAUGCAAUUAAGGUGUAGAACUAGCCAGGAAAGUUCCGUUUGCUAUUUUCUCUAUAUCUGAAGAGUUAUGAAGGAAGUGCAUUUUGGUACGAUGAACUGUUUUGCCUUUUGUAUUCUCGUAUUUUGGGUAGUCAAUGUGUGAGCUGAGCAUCGACUCAAAGUUUUGGUUAUAUGGAUUGUUAUUUUACUGAAAGUGAUUCAGUUAGGUUUUUGGUAAUGCAUCAUGUAUUAUCAGUAGUCUGGAUUGGUAGGCAUUACAUGGUAACGUCUUCAUAUAAUCUGCAGCAAAGCAUUAAGACUUUGCACCGGAAAGGAAAAGCUUGGUAGAUCAAGUGUAUAAGCACACCAUAACA